AUGGCUAACCUAACCAGUUUACUGCCGAUCAUGAUGACACAGCCUCGCUCAGUGCUCACUGAAUCUCCCUCAGUCCGUUCCACUGACUGUUUUAUAUCAUUGCUCACAAACAUUGUCCCAAUUAUCAACACGUCCGGCAGCUUCAACAGAUACAUUGUUACAAGACCAUUGAAGUUGAGACACGAGAAUGAGGCAGCUGGCAUUGGCUCCCAUGUGCCAGAAGCUGGCGGGCUAUGUCAUCCUGAUGCGCAGGAGGGGAAGCCGGUGAAUCUAUGCUAUGCAAACACGCUCAAUGACACAAUAUCUCGCUUGAUAAUGAACUACUAUCCAAACAUUAACAGAGGAGCUAACGAGGACCACAAUCACGAGAUCCCUGCCCUACAACAUGCACAGAGGCCUCGGGAAGUGAGGUUCACGAUGUUGGAAAGGCAAAUAGAAUUGUUAUACACCAAGUGGGGUGUCGCACAAAUGCGCAUCCGCCAGCAGGUGUACUGCCCUGACCUACUGUUGAUACCACACCCACCACCACCAUUCUGGUCAGACAAGACACGUGCAAUGCUCAUACUUUGGAUCGUGAGGGAGAGGCGCAUGUUCGAGAUGGAGAUGGUGGAACUUGAAUACUUGCUGGGGCUCAGGGGGGCACAUUAG